CCUCUGGCACCGGUUGCUUAUCCAACCCGGCCAUCGCAACUGCUGCCCAGACGACCGUCCGUCCAAUCCGAUCCACCGCCUCCCACUUUCCCUGCACUAGCCACCAGUCGGCCCCAUCUUUCCCACCCAGUCAACCCCCCCACAACCCCACCCAUCCCCACCCUCCUCGUAUCACCUCAUUAUCGCUACAGCCUCGUCUACCUCGCCUCCCUCGCCUCCUGUCGCCGUGGUGCCAGGUUCGUCGAGCUCUUUCGUCUGUCUCUGUAUCUCCCUCCUUCUCUCUGUGUGUGUGUAUGUAUGUCUGCCCAACAAAAGGGUUCAUUACCUGUCCAUUUGCCCAGUGGUCUGUUCAAAGGGAUAACUGGACGUGGACGGGGCGUAAUGAGGGAUAAUUGA